ACUCUAAACCGUAAACCCUAAACCCUAAACUUUAAACCCUAAACUCCACCCCUUAAGUGCUAUUUUUUGUGACUUUUGGGGGUUGAGUACUAGUUUGGGGAACAAAAACUAUUUUAGUCUUUUUCUCAUUGAUUAUUGAGGUAACAACCCUGGAAAGCUUAUUCGCGAGAUCUCUCAGUAGACUGCAAACCCUAAUCCGACGACCUCUCCGUCGCUGAUUCGUGACGGCGUCGUUAUUGGAUUAAGAUGGCUGGAUAUUCAACUAAAGGAGCUGCUCCUACGAAUGGAUCAGUCUACGUGUCAAAUCUCCCAUUAGGAACUGACGAGAAUAUGUUGGCUGAGUAUUUUGGGACCAUUGGGUUACUAAAGAGAGACAAACGAACUGGUACUCCCAAGGUAUGGCUGUACCGAGACAAAGAGACUGAUGAGCCGAAAGGAGAUGCUACUGUUACCUAUGAGGACCCGCACGCUGCUUUGGCUGCUGUUGAGUGGUUUAAUAACAAAGAUUUUCAUGGAAGCACCAUUGGAGUUUUUAUGGCGGAGUCGAAGAACAGCAAAAGUGGAGUAGAUCAUCCGAGUGAGUCUUUUGGAUUCGAUGGGGGUGCUGCUAACAAGGAAAUAGAUGGAGGUGCUGGAAGGGGGAGAGGUCAGGGUGAUUCUUCCGCUAAGCCAUGGCAGCAGGACGGUGACUGGAUGUGCCCAAAUACAAGUUGCACAAACGUGAAUUUUGCGUUCCGUGGGGUUUGUAACCGUUGCGGAACUGCGAGACCAGCUGGUGCAUCUGGUGGCAGCAUGGGUGGUGGUGGUCGUGGAAGGGGCCGAGGUGGAGGUGCUGAUGGUGGGCCACCGGGGAAGGGUGCUUCUACUGGUCUUUUUGGUCCAAAUGAUUGGUCUUGUCCAAUGUGCGGCAAUGUCAACUGGGCUAAGCGUUUAAAAUGUAAUGUCUGCAACACCAAUAAACCUGGUCAGAAUGAAGGUGGUGUCAGGGGAGGUCGUGGUGGUGGUUACAAGGAAUUGGAUGAACAAGAAUUAGAGGAAACAAAGAGACGCAGGCGUGAGGCGGAACAAGAUGAUGGUGAAAUGUAUGAUGAGUUUGGGAAUCUAAAGAAGAAGUACCGUGUUAAAACACACCAAGCUGACGCCAGACCUGCUGUUGCUGCUGGUCGUGCUGGGUGGAAAGUCGAGGAACUAGGUGUUGAUAGAGAUGGGAGGGAGAGAAGCAGAGACAGGCAAAGAGACCGUGGCGAGAAGCAUAGGGAUCAUCAUCACUACGAUAAGCAUAGACGCAGGAGCAGAAGCAGAAGCCGAGAGAGGGAAAGAGGCAAGGAGCGAGACUAUGACCGUGACCGGGACAGAGACUAUGGUCGUGAAAGCAGGUACCGUAACUGAGAGAUUGCUCAAUUAGGGGUUUUAUUAUUAGUCUCUCAUCCUUUCUAAUGUUUUAUCGACUUUAUUUCUACAAAAUGGUGGGUAACAUUCCAUUUCUCUGGCCUGGCCUUUUCUUUUAAUGGUGUGAAGUUUAAAGUCUUUUGUUACUUCAGUGGUAUGAUUAUGUUCAGAGAUAUUAUCCCAUGUCUUCUUGUCUUUUGUAUUAAUUUUAGUUGUCCGUUUGGUUUUUA